AUGUCCACUCCUACAGGAUCUCAAGGCCGUGUUCAGGCUGCAAAAACCAGACGACACCGACGGGAUCCGGUGUCGUGUGCUUUCUGUCGUGAGAAGAAGUUGAGAUGCGACCGACUUACGCCCUGCUCAAAUUGCUAUCAUAGAGAUCUACCUUGCAGUAACCAGGCAACCAGCCGUUCGCAGAGGGAGUCUGCAUCCGAGCAAGCAGCGGUUUUGGAUCGAUUGAAGCAGCUAGAAGCCACGGUCCUGAAGCAACAGCAGCUUCUUGAUGCGUAUGAGCACAACAGUCCGCGUUUCCGCGCCCUAAGUGCGACGACAAUGUCGGGGGUGGAACACGCUCGCACCGGAUCCUACACAGCAGACGACCAGAACGACGGUUCUCGACGGAAUCAAGCAGAUCGCUUCUAUGCAACACCAAUCUCGGACUACGCCGAAGCCUUUCGAACUCUGGAAGAUACAGGUCUACACCAAGAUUCAUGGCUUACUACGAACAACCACAGCAGCUCCACCCGAAUUGUGAAUACUCGCCACAUCGCACUUGUAAGUUCUGACCCGGCAUUGCGAGACCUCGUCAAAUCCCAGCCCACUAUCUCGUGUAUGCUGCCACCCGAAGAAGAAGCACUGCUGCUGCUCGAUUAUUACCGCAAUCACCUGCACGAAUUACGGAACUUCCUCCAUAUGCCAACCUUGCUCAAGCAUGUGACCAAGUGCUAUGCAGAUCUACGGAAUGAACAGCCAGUACCGCUCAGCAUUCUUGUGUUGAUUCUGAGCGUGCUUGCCAGUUCAUCGGCAAUCAUGUCGCACAACGAAAUUUGGGACGGCAUGCCGUUCUCGCAAACGGAUAGCACUCGCGUGUCUACGUACUGGGCCACUUGCGCCGUAAAUCUGCUGAGCGACAUGCAUCGCAAGCCAUGCGACACAAUCGAAGACGUACAGGCAACAAUACUUCUAGCAUUCCAUUCCGUCAACGCCGAAGGUUUCUCUGCAAAGUUGCAUUACUUAUUCGCCGUGGCGAUUUCCAGAGCGCACGAUCUCCUAAUACACAAAAUCGAUGCUGUGUCGCCCACAAACCCAACAAACGCGAUCGAAACGGAGAUCAAACGCCGAGUCUGGUGGUAUCUUGUCACGGCAGACUGGAUUCUUGCACUCUCUGGAGGACCGCAGGAAGGCACGUACUCUGUGCAACCACAACACAUGGUGGUCAAUCUCAUCCGAAACGUGGAUGACGAAGACUUGGCUUCCGCCGACCAAAUCAGAGAUCGACCUCUUUCUGAGCCUACGAGCAUGUCAUACUACAUACAGCGCAUCAGGUUGGCCGAACUCUGUCGCGAGGCCGCUGACAUGAUUCCAAUGUCUCACAACGUGACAGCAAGUGUCAAUUAUGGAGCAGUCGUUGCUCUCGAUAAGCGAUUUGAGGCGUUCCUUGCAGGGUUGCCUGUGUUCCUGCGGCAUGAUGAGGAAAGCAUUCGCCAGAGCGUGGAGACGAUUGCCACCCGUCCGCACAUGAGGACUCAGCGCCAGUCCUUAUUCAUGACAACCAACGCCAAAAGGUGCAAGUUGCACCAGCCUUUUCUGAUCCGUGGAUUAGUGCAUGAGUCGUACUCCUACUCUCGCAAUGCAUCUUUGAAGUCGGCGCGCGCCGUGCUCGAAGAGAGUCGUCGGGUAGAGGCUAACGCACGGGGCAUUCAUCCAUGCGCAUCCCAUGCGUUCCGACCCUAUUUCAUAUACUACACCUUCAUGGCCACCAUCGUCCUGGUCAUGGAGUUAUGUUUCACCAGGAAAUCUUCCUUGGUGGAUGACCAAAUUCACGAUGGCGCCGAACUUGAUGACGAAGAGACUUUGGUCACCAAGGCUGAAGUCAUGGCGGCUUGCCGCAGUCUCCGUCAAGAUCACAGCACCACCGGAAUAGGUGCUAUGUAUCUUGCAUCGUUGAUGGACGUGCUCAGAAGGUUCAAGGUCAAGCUUCGGUCGGAACCUGUACGUAGCGUGGAUUCUGGCCCGGUAGCUGAGCCCCGAAAUAAUCAUACAGCUACAGCUUGGCGAUUGCAAUCAGAAACUCUCGCUGGUCCAUCGUACGGCUUCAAGACGCCCUCCAACAGCUCACAACAGCUUCUCUCGCAGCCAGUACCCCCUGGACCAAUUCCCGAAUGGACGACGACCAGUUAUACCAACCCCAAUACUAUUGGUGGCGCUGCCUCCUCCUCACCGUUAAUGGGCAAUGUUGGAUUCAUGGACAUAAACAAUGUGCAACCGCGGUCACUCAAUCAACCAGUUACACCCAGCUCUAUUCCGUUGGCGGGAUUCAAAACCUCGCUUGCCGACUUUGACGAUAUUUGGAACGACUACGUCGAGCUAGGGCCGAAUCUUAACGGCUUACAAUGGGACAACCUCUUCUCUAGCCUGGAGAUGGACAUAAUGUGA